CUUUGUUGUUCCUGUCAAACCUAAUUUUCAUUUCCCCUGUUUCUUCCACCGAAUUCUCGGACCGAAGACUAGUCAAUCUUUAAAUCAAACACAACUUCUCUUUUUAUUUCUUGAAUUUUGUUCUCAUUUCAAAGUCUCAUCAUAUCAUACAUAAAAAAAAUAAUAAUAAAAAAAAAACAGAGCAUAGAAUAAUAAAAAUGGCAAGUUUCAGUGAAGCACCAGCAGGAAACAAAGAUGCAGGAGCUAAGAUCUUCAAAACUAAAUGUGCUCAAUGUCACACUCUGGAAAAAGGGGCUGCUCACAAGCAAGGUCCGAAUCUAAAUGGGUUAUUUGGAAGACAGUCAGGCACAGUUCCAGGCUAUUCUUACUCUGCUGCUAACAAGAAUAAGGCUGUUACUUGGGAUGAACAUACUUUAUACGAAUACCUGCUCAACCCAAAGAAGUACAUUCCUGGAACAAAGAUGGUAUUCCCUGGUCUAAAGAAGCCACAGGAUCGAGCAGACCUUAUCGCGUAUCUGAAAGAAGCCACUUCUGAAUAAAACUCAAAACAGUUUGCUCUUUCUUGUAUACUUUGUCGAAUAAAGUUGUCCAUAAACACUCAUACAAAUUCUUUAGCUAUACUUUUCAAUUCUUGUUUAUGACAUUAAUUCCUGUCAUUUCAGGUAGUCAGACAUAGACUACUCUUUGAUAUGUAGUAUACAAGGCCAUUUAUAUGGUAUGGAUUCCUAGCUAGUGUGUAAUAUCACUGAUCUCGAUAUUAUUUGUAAGAUGAACUUUGCAAGGGAGAGUACGCUUACGUUUUCAUUUGUAAAGUGUCUUGCAUGCUGAAAGCAUAAAUAUUCACUGUUUUGCCAAGGGAAUUUAGGCUGGACUUUCUUAGACUAUGACUCGUCUAUUAAUUUCAAAUUUUACAUUUCAUAUAAAUUAAUAAUAAUGCAUUUGCUACAAUCAGCAUAUCAUUUAAUAUAAAUUAAUAAUAACCGAGUUGGUUCAGCAUUGUGAACAGUUAACAUAUCGGUGGUGUUAAAUUUGAUUGUGCUUGUAAUCGGUGCAAAUAGAGAUGAGGUGAUGAGGCUCAAGAAUUUGAGUUUUAAAGACAGCAAUAAUUGCCUCCAAACAGUUUCAUGACUUAUCAAUAACAACUAUGUCAAGCUCAUAGUUAAGCUGAUUUUACUUGUAAUCUUUAUGAUGAUGAGUUAACAAGCGAUACUAUGAACAAGAGGGCAACGAAGAGCCCCUUAUACUAUCAGAUAAGAAAGGAAAGAAAGGGGAAGAAAAGAAAAGGAAAGAAAGGCGGAGAGUAAGGAAGAAGAGUACAUCUUGUUUGUUUAGAAGGCAAAGGAAGUAAAAAGUAAGGAAAAAGUUUGUUUUCUCUUAAUUUUUUUAUUUUAUCAGAGGUUGUUUUCUUAACAAAAUAUGUCUAUGUUUUUCUUCUAAACUCUUCCCCUUCAAAUUCUCCCUUUUUUUUAUCCAAACAAGGAAUCUUCUAUCCUUCUAAAUCUUUCUCCUUUUUUCCCUUUUAUUUCUCUCUAUCCUAACAUAAUGAUAAUAAAGUGUACGUAAACACAACACUGAUAUUCCUCAAAUAUCAGGAGUAAUAAUCCACUUAAAAAGAGGGUUAAAUGAGAUUCCAACACAUGACUUGGGGCAUUUGUUACCAUGUUUAAACAAUAGAUUAGUAUUGACUUAGGGCAUUUGUUACCAUGUUUAAACAAUAGAUUAGUAUUGACUUAAGGCAUUUGUUACCAUGUUUAAACAAUAGAUUAGUAUUGACUUAAGGCAUUUGUUACCAUGUUUAAACAAUAGAUUAGUAUGGGUCAUUAUAUUGAAAAGAGGGUUUCAUUCUUGAAGCUAUUAAAGCUAAAAAUACUUUUGCUUCAAAAGUCAAAAAAAUUGUGUCAUUAUUUUGAAAAUGCUGUUAAGUUUAAGAUGGUAUUAUGCGUAAGUGUUACUCUUCAUAAUGACUAAAAAUAGAGCUGAGAGCACCGUAAGGUAAAGGCGCUAUAUUGACUUAUCGUUGAAAUUGUUUUAAACAUCUCUCGAUUAUUGUUAUACACUAGACCGAGUAUUAUUCAGCACUACAUGUAAUUUUUAAUUUUAUAGUUAAUACACUAAUUUUCAAUAUUUGGACUAUUUUAGUAUUUGGGCUAUUUAGUAUUUGGGCUAGUUGAAUUUUGAUUGCUUAAUUAUUUUUUAGUCAUACGCAUAUGUUUGCCAAUUAUGUGAGUAUAUUGAUUAAUUGAUUGUGCUUGAUAACAUUCCAGCUUGUAAUGCCAAAGAAAACAAAGAGGCACACCUCAUCAUCCAGGAAAAUGAGGGAAAAUAGUCAAAAAUCAUAUCAUAACCGACAUAUACAUGUGUCAUGUGUAAAAGUACAUACGAGGAUCUUCUCUGCUUAAUUAAAAAUAAUUAGUGUCACACAUAAUAAUUUGAUUAUCGUAAAAUUACUCAGCUUAUGCUGAUUGCCACCACAUUUUAUACGCUUAGUAUUAUAUUGCAUCCUAAAAAAGACAUAAUUGGCAAGAGUGAAAAAAAUAUAAAGGAUUUAAUUCUAUAAAUUGAGAUUGUAGAAUAUCCAGAUGAAUGAAGAAGAGGAAUUCAUAUAGACAAAUAUUAGAAUCGAUAAAUUAUUUCAUUUUGCCGACUCCAAUAUUAUGAUCUGCUUUGUAUUAAUCUGAUCUUAUCUUAUCUUUUUUGAUAUGAUUUGAUUCCAAUAAAAAAUAAAUAAUAAAUUCAAAAAAUAAGUUGAAGAGAAAAGAGCCCUAAACCUCUAUCACGAUUAUUGAAUUUGAACUACCCCACUCUUACUUGGGUUACUUCUAUGUGCAAGACAAAAGUUCCCCCCGAACCAUGUUCGUACCCCUCAGAACAUGGUCCAAGCCCAGAGGAACUGCAAGUUGUUCCUACUGUUCCUGUUCAAAAGCAUAUUACUAAGCACCCAAGUCUUGAGCAUGAUAAGAACAAUAAGACACGCCAUGAUCAAGAUGCCCAAGCCCAAGAAAUACACGAGAAGCCCAGAGAUCACAAAACAUACUCAAGCAGCCAAAGUACUGACCAGCAGCCUGUUUGCGACAAGGCCACCUUGCACCUGUGCCUGAGACCUGAAUACACGUGCCCUGAGACAAGUCAACCUGGAAUUGGCAUCUUUGCACCUGGGCCUAGCCAUCAUGGACCUAGGACCCUCCUAGUGAGCAUCACAGAACUCUAAAAGUGUUGUCCAAGGUGCCCCUGUCAGAAGAACAACUCGAACAAGCCUUCCAGUACUUAGCCUAGUUUUUGUUUUCUGUUUUUAAUAAAGCUUGUGCUAGUCACGUGUGUAAACUAGUCGUUAGUUCUUAGAAAGCUAUAUAUAGGUGCAUAGGCCUCGUGUAAUAAACAACAUAUAACUCAUUAGUGAUUAAUCAGAUUUCAAUUC